CUCGAGCCGCUGCACUCAGCGGAGCGCAGAGUGGCUGGAGCGGGUUUUAAAAGAGAGAAAUACACCGGCGUGGACGCGUUGACGAGCCGAUUCAGAGCCACGGGAGCAGAACGAUAGACUGAUCUGACCUCAACCCGCCACUUCCCCCCCCCUUUCCUUUUUAAUGUUUGUUGGCCACCGAACAACAACAACGAAACACGACGUGCGGUUUAAUUAACGCGGCGGUCACGCAGCACGUCCCCAAGCCGACUAGAGAGGCGACCCCGCGGGAGCGCAGCGCGCACGCGGAACGGCACCGGGACCCCCGCGAGGAAUAUUUACAAUAGCAGCACAGUUCAUUCGCGAGGAAGAAUAGCAAAGGUUGAGGAGGAGGAGGAGGAGGAGGAGCGAAAGAUAACAGUGGAAUGAAGUGGACCUCGGGAUUCCCGGCGCGCUGCGGAGUUGUGACUGACGGGUGAAUGUGGCCAUCUGUAGCUUGUGUACGGCGGCAGGUACGCGCACCAUCGGCGCAGCUCUGAGAGAGACGCGACGCCUGCGCUUCGCCCAAUUAAAUCUCCAGAUCGGAAAAGAAAAAAUUAUCCCACCGGUGAAGGAUCUGUGCCAUCGCGCAUCGGGUCGCACCGCUGUCCGGUCCCCCCCACUCGCACGAAAGGACGCGACGGGCCGCGUUGCCUCAGCCACGGGUCAAGCGGGACACUGAGGGGUUCUGCUCGUCCCACGGACAGUUUACGCUAGGACGCCCGGGAGGUCUGGAGCAGGUUUUCUUUUAAAAAAAGGAGGAGGAGGAGGAGGAGGAGGGAGAGAAACAGCGGUUGGACAGAAGGACAUGUAUCUGAUCACGACCUCUCAUGCUCCCGACUGAUCGCUGCUCACCUUCCCACCGGGCGAACCACAACUGAAGGCUCGCGCGCACCGGUCCGACGCUCCGAGACCCCUUUUGGCUCACUGUCCGCGCACCGAUCGCAAUGGCGGGACUCGGCUGUUGGAAGCAUUGCCUCUGGAUCUUUAUUUUAAUGUGCAGGACGGCGUUAACCUCGACCAAAUCGCUGGAGACUAUAAUCUGGGGCUCGCAGAAUUCCAAGUUUGUGGCCGGACAGGGCCUCGUCAUCUACCCAGACAUCGGGGACAAGCUGGACAUCAUCUGUCCCAAAGCGGACGAAGGCAGAGAGUAUGAGUUCUACAAGCUGUACCUGGUGAAGAGGGAGCAGGCGGAGAGCUGCAGCACGGUCCUCGAUCCCAACGUCCUGGUCAACUGUAACAAACCCGAGAAGGACAUCAAGUUCACCAUCAAAUUCCAGGAGUUCAGCCCCAACUACAUGGGCCUGGAGUUCAAGAAGAACGUCAACUACUACAUCACCUCCACCUCCAACGGUACCAUCGAGGGCCUGGAGAACCGGGAGGGAGGCGUGUGCAAGAGCCGAUCCAUGAAAGUCGUUAUGAAAGUCGGGCAAGUCCCAAACGCAGCGAACCCCGUGGCGCCGGACGCUACAGACGACAACGCCAUACCGGAGUCCAUUCCCAGUCCGUCUGCCCCGGGUCGGAAAGAACCCGAGAUGCCAGGAAACACUGACUCCAUGAAUCAGGGCCCGUCUAGAAACUCGGACGGCUUCCUCAGCUCCAAACUGGCCGUGUUCUGCGCCAUCGCGGCCGGCUGCAUCAUCUUCCUCCUGCUCAUCCUCCUCCUCGUCAUCCUGCUCAUUAAGAUGCGCAAGCGCUCCAGGAAAAACGCCCACUCGCAGCCCCGCCCCUCGGCGCUGUCUCUCAGCACGCUGUCCAAUCCGAAGCUGCCCGGGGGCACGGCCGGCACGGAGCCCAGUGACAUCAUCAUUCCGCUGCGGACAGAGAACAACUACUGCCCUCACUAUGAGAAGGUGAGCGGCGACUAUGGCCACCCCGUCUACAUCGUCCAGGAGAUGCCCCCGCAGAGCCCCGCCAACAUCUACUACAAAGUCUGACGCGCUCCGCACGGACGGGAGGGAGGAGGAGAGGAGCGUUUGAUUUUUGUCCUUGGGAAGAACACUUUUCCUUCGCAUUUUUGGGGGACUUGAUGCGCGUUCGAGCCCAGUAUUAUUUCUAGCACCUGCUGCACACAUCUGGAGAGACGAGCACUGACCAGUCACCGGCGGGGUUGUGCGCUGACUGACGAGAGCGGUUUACUCUGUUUUGUUUGGGUUGUCUGACAAUCCCCACCCGCCCCUCCUCCUCUCCCUACCCGCCCCCCCUCCGCCUCCUCACCUCCACACCUGCUACAUCUCCCCACUGGGCUCCGACCAGGGAGGGAGCGCUGGUGGCUGGAGCGCAACCGGCAGAUGGAACUCCGGCUUCCUGGUUUUGCUGUCCCCUUUAACGGGCAGAAUAUAACUUAUCUCAGUUCCCCGAAGUACGGUGCGUGCUACACCCAAUUAAACACACCAUCCCGCCACACGAGCCAGGAACAGGCAGACACAGGCCCCAGACGCCACUCGGCCUGCAGUUUGUGUGCAAGCAUUAAACGUGUGUGUGUGUGCCUGUCGACGUGCAUGUGUGUUAGUCAGGCCGCCGCUUUGGGCCAGGAAACACUCCAGGUAGCUCAGGUAUCAGACACAGCGUGUGAAGAUAACGUGUUCCUCUCCCUUCGCACCUCUGAUGUUUGCCUUACUUACUAUUUUUGAUGGAGGAUUUCCUCAAACCCAGAUUCAGUUCACAAAGCAGUUGUAUUUUGUUAGACUUUUCCUAAAAGUGCACAAUGUAUAGAGUUGAAUAGAUCAUCAUUAUUACCACAUUUAUUCUCACCACCCAUGUCAACCCAUGCCAUUCAUUGCAUUUUCUCCCACUCUUUUACCCCCCCCCCCCCC